AUGAUGAGACCCACCCUCUACUCCGUCGCUGUCAUCAGCGCCAUCCUCCCUGUGCUUUGCAUCAGCAAACCCGCGAUCAGAAUUCUGGCUAAGGGCCUGGGGGCAACGGGGUUCCUGUGGAUACAAGAUGCCGGGGGACAACCGUCAGCCUUGUACUUUGACGUGCUUGGUCCUGGCAACUUCCUGCUCACCAGCACAAAUUCCGUGCCAUACAAGAUUCCUGCCAAGGACUGGAAGUCAGGGGAAGGUGAAUUCGAAUUCCACGAAAUCUCGAGAGCGGGCUACAGUGGAGACGAGAUCAUUGUCAAGUGCCAUAUGACAGGUGACAGGGUGGAUAAGAGCGCUACUUCCGAGUGGAGUAUCACCACGAGGCCCGAUGUCUACGUCGGUGGCAAAGCCUGGGAGGCGAUAGACUGCCCGGAGAUCAAUGGUAUCACGCUCUACCGGAUCAAUGAUGCGAUGACGACCUGUACAAGGCAGGCUGAGUCCGCUCGAGGCGUUGAGGCGUACAGUCAGUAG